AUGUCUUCAUCUGUGAACUUCUCUUCCUUUCCGACUUUGGCUCCAAUCGACAGUAACCUGAAGGCCACCCUGGAUUCUUCGACGGUUCCUUUGCGGAGCGGUCUGCCAACCCCUCCUAGCGACAUGACUGGAGUAACCUACAAUGCGAUGCCACCCAUUACUUAUGGUGGGAAACCGAAUGGGAUGCCGGCUCAUCUCUACGCCAACCCACGGCCUUUCGAUUCCAUUUCGUCCUCGAUGAUGGCUGCCAUGAAGCCCCAGAGCCAUGCGGCACCGGCCAGAGACGCCCCCGCAUCAGAACCGGUGGCUCAGAAAAAAUCGACCAGCUCAAGAGGAUCACAACUUCGCAUCCCCUCGUCUAUAAAUAACAGCAAGGGAAACCUGGCAGAAUUUGCAGCCCAGAUGACAUGUCUUUUCUGGUUUGAGAAGACUUCCAAGCUACAAGCCAUCGAAGAUCACCAGCGCCCCGUUCCUUCUCUCGUCGCGGAGGCAUUCCCCACCGUUGGAUUCCAAAAAUGGGUUUCUACGAUUCUAUCCACGACCCAAGUCAGCCAAAACGUCAUUCUGCUCGCCCUGCUGUUUAUCUACCGGUUGAAGAAGUUCAACUCGGGCGUCAAGGGCAAGAAGGGGAGUGAGUUCCGGUUGAUGACGGUUGCGUUGAUGCUCGGCAAUAAAUUUCUUGACGAUAACACUUACACCAAUAAGACGUGGGCUGAGGUAUCCGGCAUUGCAGUACACGAGAUUCACAUCAUGGAGGUGGAGUUCUUGAGCAACAUCCGUUAUGAUCUUUUCUCCUCGGAGGCAGAGUGGAACAAGUGGCACAACAAGCUGAGCCUCUUCGCCGAUUACUUCAACCAAGCUUCCAUGCUUCCAAUCGAGUCCGCCACUCUCCGUGUCUCGCCUCCUCGUUUGCAAUCGCAAUCGCCUUCUUCCAAGUUGCCGUCACCUAGCAGUGAUCUCCGCCCCCAGUCGCAGCCCAACUGGUGUAUGCCAUUGAACGGACUGCCACCAUACUCUAUGCCACCACAGCCACUGAGCGGGGAGCCCGCCCUGGGAGGACCCCGGAAGCGCAGCCGCGACGACAAUGUCGACAUGCACCCAUCAAAACGGGUCGCAAUGUCAUCCGCCACCUCUGCUCCUUCCAUGACGGUCCCGACAACUACGAUGACCGCGAUGCCCACUCUGCCACCUGUCUUGACUCCCACCUCGGCCCCAGUGGCACCGAUGAGCAACAUUUCUCGUCUCCCGCCUCCUCACCAACCGCCUCAUCUUCAGAACUCUUACUCUACGCCUCUAACCCUUCCUUCCUCUACGCCUUCACACCUUCCAGCUAUCAUGCCUCCAAUGUACCACCGCCCUCAAAACUGGCAGCAAAUGCCUCCUCUCUCCAUUCCCCAAAUGCAAUCCGGCACAUACAGUGCGCCCAGUUUGCCCGAGCUUGGAAGGCAACACCCAACCUCAUUUGGCGUAUCUUCUGCCGCCGUCUCCCCGGCUGUUUCAGCCUACUCCGCCCACACUCCUCAAAACCAUCUCUCCCCUUCCUUCUUCCUAGCCAAUCGCAAUUCGCCAUAUCGACCUGUGCGCUCGGUGAAUACCUUGCUGAUCCCGCCGCCAUCGAGCUCUCUGCAGCAGCAACGCAGUGUUCCCUUCGACCACAUGCACUACCAGCCUCUUGGGAAGGGUUCCACUUCCCGCAAGACGGGUCUUUUGCCCUAUAUCCAGCCUGAUGCGUGGAACCCUCCUUAUCUGCAGCCCAUCUACCCACCCUCGAGCUACGCUGGUUGA